AUGAUGGUGAAGAGUGUAGCGGUGUCAAGCUCUACAGCAAUUUUUUUUUUCCAUUCCUUUCCCAUAGACAAGCCUGGGCCACCAAUGGCUGUCACUGUCACUGAUGUUUGGGGCUUCAAUGCUGCUUUAGAGUGGAAGCCUCCAAAAGACAAUGGCAACACUGAGAUCAUAGGCUAUACCGUCCAGAAGGCUGACAAGAAACCAAGAGCCUAUCAGAGGGAGUGGUUCACGGUUCUUGAACACAAUCGCAGGCCGAGCUGCACUGUGUCUGAUCUGGUGAUGGGGAACGAGUACUUCUUCCGUAUUUUCAGUGAGAACAUCUGUGGCAUGAGUGAGGAAGCUGGACUCAGCAAAAACACAGCUGUCAUCUCCAAAACAGGUCUUCAAUACAAACCCCAACCCUACAAGGAAAAAGACAUGAACAGCUCUCCGAAGUUCAUCACUCCUCUGGUGGACAGGUCUGUUGUGGCAGGUUACAGCGCUGCCAUCAGCUGUGCUGUCCGUGGAUGCCCGAAACCAAAGAUUAUAUGGAUGAAAAAUAAGAUGAUUAUUGGAGAGGAUCCAAAAUUUCUCAUGCAGAAUAACCAGGGUGUGCUGACUUUAAACAUCCGUAAGCCCAGCUUGUUUGAUUGCGGAAAGUAUACAUGCAAAGCCAUCAACGACCUAGGAGAGGAUGAAGUGGAGUGCAAGCUGGAGGUUCGAGUCGUAACAGAGAAGGAGGAAGCGAAGAAGUGAACACACAACCAAGAAAAUACCUUAAAGACGGUGGCUGUAAAGCAGUGAUAUGGGCAUCAUGAGUGUGUCAGAAAAGCAAUACAUUUUAGAGUGAUUGAUUUAGAAUAACACUAUUAUAGGCUACGUUCUCUGCCUCUUACAAAAAUGAAAAAAAAAAAAAAUAAAUAAUAAUAAUACUUGCAUAUGAUAUCCCUAACUUGUUUAGCAUGGUAUUUAAACGGUAUGGUAUGGUAACAGCAUUACUGUUUCAUCAUAGGCAGAAUCAUGCUUAUUUAAUAAAAUAAUAAUGUAGCAAUUUUAUUCAAGUAUGCUUUGUCCUCAUGCCAAGUUAAACUGCUUGAAAUAAAAGCACAUGAAAACAA